AUUUUUAAAUUUUCGAUCCCCACAUCCAUCCCAUGCUUGUGCUCCUCUGUCUCCUUCUUCCUUGUCAGAAUCUUGAGUUUCUCUCUAACUGUGUGUCAUAAUUAGAUCGUUCUGAUUGCAGUUUCCGUUUCGAUUAUCGUUAAUGGUGUUUUUGUUUCCGGGAAAGUGAUAUAUUUUGAAGGGUAAUUUUGGUGUUCUAAAGCAAGCUCGAGAAGGGGAUCGCACGAUACAUUUUUACAAUCUCGCGACUUCGAUUCAUGGAAUCAAUAGAGCAGUCUAUAAUCCCAGGUUUGCCUGAUGAUUUGGCUUUGAGAUGCAUAGCGAAGCUUUCUCAUGGCUAUCAUGGAGUGCUCGAGUGUGUUUCCAGAGGCUGGAGAGAUUUAGUUCGUAGCGUUGAUUACUCUUCCUAUAAAGCUAGAAAUGGAUGGUCAGGGAGCUGGUUGUUUGUGUUGACAGAACGUUCUAAGAACCAGUGGGUUGCUUAUGAUCCUCAAGCUGAUCGAUGGCAUCCUUUGCCUACAACUAGGGCUGUUCAAGAUGGUUGGCAUCAUUCUGGUUUUGCGUGUGUUUGUGUUUCCAAUUGUCUUCUUGUGAUUGGGGGUUGUUAUGCGCCUUCUGUGUCAUCGUUUCCUCAUCAGAAGCCUGUUGUCACUAAAGAUGUCAUGCGGUUUGAUCCGUUUAAGAAAGAAUGGAAAAUGGUUGCUAGUAUGCGAACACCACGGACUCACUUUGCUUGUACUGCUGUCUCUGGCAAGGUUUAUGUUGCUGGAGGUCGCAAUUUAACCCAUUCCAGGGGAAUUCCCUCUGCUGAGGUUUAUGAUCCUGUGGCUGAUAGAUGGGAGGAAUUACCAGCAAUGCCUAGACCACAGAUGGACUGCUCGGGGUUAUCGUACAGAGGUUGCUUUCAUGUUCUGAGUGACCAGGUGGGAUUUGCAGAGCAAAAUUCAUCUGAAGUUUUUAAUCCACGAGACAUGACUUGGUCCACUGUGGAGGAUGUCUGGCCAUUCUCUAGAGCCAUGCAGUUUGCUGUUCAGGUGAUGAAAAAUGAUCGAGUGUACACUAUUGUAGAUUGGGGAGAAAGCUUGAUCAAGACUAGGGAUACAGAUGAAGGGGAAUGGUACAAUGUUGGUUCAGUUCCUUCUGUUGUUCUUCCUAAUCAUCCGAGAGAGUUAGAGGCCUUUGGUUAUGGGUUUGCAGCUCUAAGGGAUGAGCUCUAUGUUAUAGGAGGUAAGGUCCUUAAAUGGGAAGAAUCAGGGGCAGGGAGAUUUGACAUUGUGAGAUUGCCCGUUGUGAGGGUAUGUAACCCUUUGGAUAGGCCUCUGAAUUGGAGAGAGACCAAACCGAUGUGCAUUCCAGCCGGUGGGUCCAUCAUUGGUUGUGUAUCCUUGGAAGAAUCUUCUCCGCUUUAAACCAAGCUGACUUAUAUUCAUGGAAUGUCCGAGUGUGUUCCUUCUCUGAGAAAGACCUUGGUCUCAUUGUCAAAGUGGAAGCUUCUGCUGUAAUACUCACUGCACAUACAACUGGACACUUGGAGCUAACUGGAAAUCGUGUGGGUGAAAACAGUUGUUUAUGAGGGAAGUCGUUACCUAUAAUGCAUUUAUCUUCCGGGUAAAAGGCUUCCACCUUUAUGUGAAAUGAGUUCAGUAUGUCAUGCUAUGAGAUGAUUACUGGUUGUUAGGCCGUUACUGUCACUCAUAUUUGGAAUUAAACUUGUACAUAAUAAGAGAUUCAUGUUACCUCAGUGUAUUUGAGUGUUAGUGAACUUAUCUUUUGUUA